AUGGCACCAUUUGAGGCUUUACACGGGCGAAAGUGUCGUACACCUUUGUGUUGGCGUGAAACAGGAGAGAAAGUCUUGGCUGGUCCAGUAUUGAUACAAGAUACUCAUGAAAAGAUUCAAAUCGUUCGUGAAAGAAUGAAGGCGACACAAGAUAGACAGAAGUCAUAUGCCGACAAACGGCAACGACCGAUAGAGUUUUCAGUUGGCGACAUGGUAAUGUUAAAGGUUUCGCCAUGGAAGGGACCCUUCAAAAUCAUUGAGCGUGUUGGAAAACAAGCAUAUAGAUUGGAGCUACCUGAAGAGCUCAACGGAAUACACAAUGUCUUCCAUGUCGGGUAUCUCCGAAAAUGUCUUGGAAAACAUGAAGAAAUGGUGCCAUUGACUGAAGUGAAGCUGGACGAAAAGCUUAGAUAUGUUGAAGAACCGGAAACAAUAUUGAAUGAGAGAUCGGUGAACUUACGAAACAAGGUCGUGGAUUUGGUGCUAGUAAAGUGGAAACAUCACCAUGGACCAAAUUGGAUGUGGGAGAACAGGAAUGAAAUGAAGGCUAAGUAUCCGGCGUUAUUCGAGUCGUCGAGAUUUCGAGUACGAAAUCCCCAAAAGGAGGAGAUAAUUGUAACAUACGUAAAACUGCUUUUAUUGAAAGAUCUUUUCUGA